GGACUGAUCCGGUCCGGAGAGGCGAGUUCGGUGCUGCAGCUGGUCCGGGUCGGUGUUGAGGGUCCAGACGAGUUCCUGACACACUCCGUUUGAGUUGUUUUUAUUAUUACUGUUAGUCCCUUUGAUGUGUUCUUUAGCUUUGAUGACGUAACGACUGUCUGACGUGCGAAAAGGUGAUGAGCCAAAGUUGGGAGCGAAACUCUUCUUUGUUUCUUCCAGACCUCCGUCUUUAAAAAAUGGACAGUCCGCUCUUUUUCUUCUUCAUUUUCGUGCUUUACCUCCCGGAGUUUGUCGGCGCAGGGACGAACGUCACGUGUCCCGCUCGGUGUGACGUGAGCCGGUGUCCGAGUCCGAGCUGUCCGAGCGGUUACGUGCCGGACCGGUGCGCCUGCUGCCUGGUCUGCGCCCAGGCGGAGGGCGAGUCUUGCGGUCGCAAGGACGAGCUGCCGUGCGGGGACGGCCUGGAGUGUAAGCACCCGGCGGGGAAGCGGCUGUCCAAGGGCUUCUGCCGGUGCAGGUUCCCGCAGCAGGUGUGCGGCAGCGACGGUAAAACCUACGCCAACGUGUGCCGCCUGAAGGCGACCAGCAGGGCGGCGCUGCAGCGCGGCAUGCCAGGAAUUAGCCAGCGCCACAAAGGACCGUGCCCCACCAGCAAAGGUCCAUCACAUGGUACCAGUCCUCGUUACAAGUUCAACUUCAUAGCCGACGUCGUGGAGAAAAUCGCUCCUGCCGUGGUCCACAUCGAGCUCUUCCUCAGGCACCCUCUGUUUGGACGGAAUGUCCCGCUGUCUAGUGGCUCUGGGUUUGUCAUGACAGACAAUGGCCUGAUUGUCACCAACGCUCAUGUUGUCUCGACUACCACGCCGGUUUCUGGUCAACAGCAGCUCAAGGUCCAAAUGCACAAUGGUGACGUGUAUGAAGCUAGCAUCAAGGACAUUGACAAAAAGUCUGACAUCGCAACCAUCAAAGUCAACCCACAGGUGAAGCUUCCGGUAUUGUUUCUCGGCCGCAGUGCAGACCUGAGGCCUGGAGAGUUUGUCGUUGCUAUUGGCAGCCCUUUUGCCCUCCAGAACACGGUGACCACUGGCAUCGUCAGCACUGCUCAGCGAGAUGGCAAAGAACUGGGCCUCAGGGACUCUGAUAUGGACUACAUUCAGACAGACGCCAUUAUCAAUUAUGGGAAUUCAGGAGGACCUCUUGUCAAUUUGGACGGGGAGGUUAUUGGCAUCAACACCCUGAAGGUUGCGGCUGGAAUCUCAUUUGCUAUUCCCUCGGACAGGAUCACUGGUUUCCUCAAUGAUUCUCUGGACAAAUACAGCAAAGAUGUGAGGUCAGUAAAGAAGCGCUUCAUCGGAAUAAGGAUGCUGACCAUAACACCAGCGUUGAUCGACGAGCUCAAACAGCAAAACCCAGACUUCCCGAAUGUCACAAGUGGGAUUUACGUCCAUGAGGUUGUUCCUAACUCACCUGCACAAAAAGGUGGCAUCAAAGACGGUGACAUUAUCGUGAAGCUAAACGGCAAACCGCUGACAACGACAAUGGACCUGCAGGGGGUGCUGCAGGAGGAGACAGCCCUCCUGCUGGAGGUCAGGAGAGACAACGACGACUUGCUGUUUCACAUCGAGCCUGAUGUGAUCAUGCAGUAACAAACAUUAGAAGUACUGGUGCCUUCGUAAAGUGAGACAACAUGAGGCCUAAUUUCUGUUUACAAAAGCUGAUGACAGAAUACGGUGGCUCUGCUUUGUUGAACUGGUAUUUUCUUCACGUGCACACAUCAUUAUGCUGUAACGUACUGUAGUGAAGGACAAUACUGGUAGAUCGGCACAAAUGACCAGAUUUUACGCUGGUGGCACAUUAUCUUUGACUGGUCAGUGGCACAUGGUGCAAAACACAAGAACCAUUUU